UGUUGAUGCACAUCACUAAGUUCCAACCGUGUGCCGCAUAAUUGUUAUUUAUGAAUUUAAGUUGAUUUUUUUGUAUUAAAAAAUUAUAUAAUUAACAUGCUGCGCACUGUUCUAAGCGAUUUGGCACGCCUGCGGCUGAGUGGAGGCGCCUGCUCUGUUACACAAGUCCGCGAGAAGGGACACUUGAGCCGGCCUCGAUUAAGGAACCCCUAUUGGUUUAUACGCCAACAGCGCUUACAAACGGAUGAUCAAGUAACUGGUGAAAAUCGCAGUUUCAUCAAGGAAGUGAUCCAUGAUACCUACGGCACUCCGGCUUUAAUUAAAGGUGUACAAACGUAUGAACAAAAGCAGUUGAUCAAAACAGAUGAAGCGCCUAUAUCCACCGAACCGUGGACACCGAAUGUGCGUCGGUGCGGCCUGAUUGCUCGCAAAAUUGGCCAAUACCCACUUUGGCUAAAGAAUGGAGAACGCAUACGUACGACCCUAUUGCAAGUGGUGGACAAUCAUGUGAUUAAAUAUAUACCACCAGAGGAAUAUAAGCCAACACAUCAGCCGAAUGUGAAGAAUUUGAAUCGUUAUGGCUGUGUUUUGGUUGGAGCGGAGAGCACAAAUCCUGCCCUGCUGACCAAAGAGUAUUGUGGAAUCUUUCGCGAUUCAGGUGUGAUGCCCACCAAAAAUCUAGCACGUUUUAUAGUUUCGCCACAGGCAGCCCUCAGGCCUGGCACGCCACUGAAUGUGGGACACUUUAGAGUGGGCGAAUUUGUCGACGUGCGUGGCAAGACUGUGUAUCACGGAUUCCAGGGUGUGGUUAAGAGACAUGGUUUCAAGGGCAUGCCCGCAUCUCAUGGCGUGACUAAGACGCAUCGUCGUCCGGGAAACAUUGGUGGCGGCGGUGAAAAGGGUCGCGUCUGGCCAGGCACCAAGCUGCCUGGUCACAUGGGCAACCGUUGGCGCAUCAGCAAAGGCUUACGCAUCUGGCGCAUUAAUACCAAAUACAAUGUGAUGUGGGUGCAGGGCAGCGCAGUGCCCGGCUCUACAAAUGGCUUGGUCUACAUCUACGAUACGAUUCUGCCAUUGCGCAAGCCCCAAGAGGCUCCACCAUUGCCCACGCUCUACGAACAGCCAGAGGACGAGGCGCCCGACGACAUUUGGUAUGAGCAAGUGCACAAUUUCAAGGAUGAAACCAUCAGCUUUAAGCCCGAGUAGUUCGAAGUUAGCUUUUAAAUACAAUUCAUUUCACAUCUUUCUUUUUUGUUAUACUGUAUAUUGUAUAGAGCUCUGUGCAUAAUACCCUAGAUAAAGUUAUGUAAAA